GCCCCGUGAGUGGCGAGGAGCGCGGAGUCUUGCCAUAUCAGGAGGGCCCUGUUACGUGAGGCUGUGCACGGAGACUAUUCCAGGAAGAAGAGGGGACACUUGGUGGGCGGGGUGAUUUCGGGCAGUCAGGUGGGCGACCCGCGUAGGCGUCUGAAAGGCCCGCGUCGUUAGGGAAGGCAGGAGCGGCGUCUGUGGUUACAGGGUUAGGCAAAGGGCAGAGGUCAGCGUCCAGGUUGGACAGCAGCACCUUUGAGCGAUGGCGGCGUCUGGGGAACCCUGGAGGCAGUGGCAGGAGGAGGUGGCGGCGGUGGUAGUGGUGGGCUCCUGCAUGACCGACCUGGUCAGUCUUACUUCUCGUUUGCCAAAAACUGGAGAAACCAUCCACGGACAUAAGUUUUUUAUUGGCUUUGGAGGGAAAGGUGCCAACCAGUGUGUCCAAGCUGCUCGACUUGGAGCGACGACAUCCAUGGUGUGCAAGGUUGGCAAAGAUUCUUUUGGCAAUGAUUAUAUAGAAAACUUAAAACAGAAUGAUAUUUCUACAGAAUUUACAUAUCAGACUAAAGAUGCUGCUACAGGAACUGCUUCUAUAAUUGUCAAUAAUGAAGGCCAGAAUAUCAUUGUCAUAGUGGCUGGAGCAAAUUUACUUUUGAAUACGGAGGACCUGAGGGCAGCAGCCAAUGUCAUUAGUAGAGCCAAAGUCAUGGUCUGCCAGCUCGAAAUAACUCCAGCAACUUCUUUGGAAGCCCUAACAAUGGCCCGCAGGAGUGGAGUGAAAACAUUGUUCAAUCCAGCCCCUGCCAUUGCUGACCUGGAUCCCCGGUUCUACACCCUCUCAGAUGUGUUCUGCUGCAAUGAAAGUGAGGCUGAGAUUUUAACUGGCCUCACAGUGGACAGCGCUGCAGAUGCUGGGGAGGCUGCUUUAGUGCUCUUGAAAAGGGGCUGCCAGGUGGUAAUCAUUACCUUAGGGGCUGAGGGAUGUGUGGUGCUGUCACAGACAGAACCUGAACCAAAGCACAUUCCCACAGAGAAAGUCAAGGCUGUGGAUACCACGCUUCAUCAAAAUGCUCCACUUCAGUCCUGGUCUGACCAGCGAGCCCAGAGCCCAUCACAAACUAACAAAGCUGAUAAUGGACCCUGAGACACAGUCAGGCCCCAGAUGGAGCCAGCCACUGGCCUCUGUCAAUAUGAACUAAUGACUGACUUGGACCGGGAGCCAUUUAUCACCAAUAGUGGGGCCACAUCUGUCCGUGGCACCAAACUGUGAGGUAGGUUGAGCACCACAACCAAGCACCUCAACCUGUGUGAAGGCUGAGAUGACCGAGACACACUGCAUCAGGCAGGGGAUUUCUUUUGUCUUUGACUCAAUUUUAGAUGGAUUCUAAGUGAUGAAGUUAUUAUGAUUAUCUGUACUCUUUUUUACAAAUGGUUACUAAAUACUUGUAGGGUACCAAUAAAGGAGGAAUCUGGCAGUUCUGGGAUGAA